CUUGGCGUGAAAACAGUGUCAGACUCGAUUCCCCCUCUUCCUCCUCCUCAAGGGAAAGCUGCCCACUUCUAGCUGCCCUGCCCUCCCCUUUAAAGGGCGACUUGCUCAGCGCCAAACCGCGGCUCCAGCCCUCUCCAGCCUCCGGCUCAGCCAGCUCAUCAGUCCGUCCGCGCCUUGCAGCUCCUCCACAGGGACGCGCCCCGAGAUGGAGAGCAAAGCCCUGCUCGUGCUGACUCUGGCCGUGUGGCUCCAGAGUCUGACCGCCUCCCGCGGAGGGGUGGCCGCCGCCGACCAAAGAAGAGAUUUUAUCGACAUCGAAAGUAAAUUUGCCCUAAGGACCCCUGAAGACACAGCUGAGGACACUUGCCACCUCAUUCCCGGAGUAGCAGAGUCUGUGGCUACCUGUCACUUCAAUCACAGCAGCAAAACCUUCAUGGUUAUCCACGGCUGGACGGUAACAGGAAUGUAUGAGAGUUGGGUGCCAAAACUUGUGGCCGCCCUGUACAAGAGAGAACCAGACUCCAACGUCAUUGUGGUGGACUGGCUGUCACGGGCUCAGCAGCAUUACCCAGUGGCCGCGGGCUACACCAAACUGGUGGGACAGGAUGUGGCCCGGUUUAUCAACUGGAUGGAGGAGGAGUUUAACUACCCUCUGGACAAUGUCCAUCUCUUGGGAUACAGCCUUGGAGCCCAUGCUGCUGGCAUUGCAGGAAGUCUGACCAAUAAGAAAGUCAACAGAAUUACUGGCCUCGAUCCAGCUGGACCUAACUUUGAGUAUGCAGAAGCCCCAAGUCGCCUUUCUCCUGAUGAUGCAGAUUUUGUAGACGUCUUACACACAUUCACGAGAGGGUCCCCUGGUCGAAGCAUUGGAAUCCAGAAACCAGUUGGGCAUGUUGACAUUUACCCGAAUGGAGGUACUUUUCAGCCAGGAUGUAACAUUGGAGAAGCUAUCCGCGUGAUUGCAGAGAGAGGACUUGGAGACGUGGACCAGCUAGUGAAGUGCUCCCACGAGCGCUCCAUUCAUCUCUUCAUUGACUCUCUGUUGAAUGAAGAAAAUCCAAGUAAGGCCUACAGGUGCAGUUCCAAGGAAGCCUUUGAGAAAGGGCUCUGCUUGAGUUGUAGAAAGAACCGCUGCAACAAUCUGGGCUAUGAGAUCAAUAAAGUCAGAGCCAAAAGAAGCAGCAAAAUGUACCUGAAGACUCGUUCUCAGAUGCCCUACAAAGUCUUCCAUUACCAAGUAAAGAUUCAUUUUUCUGGGACUGAGAGUGAAACCCAUACCAACCAGGCCUUUGAGAUUUCUCUGUAUGGCACCGUGGCCGAGAGUGAGAACAUCCCAUUCACUCUGCCUGAAGUUUCCACAAAUAAGACAUACUCCUUCCUAAUUUACACAGAGGUAGAUAUUGGAGAACUACUCAUGUUGAAGCUCAAAUGGAAGAGUGAUUCAUACUUUAGCUGGUCAGACUGGUGGAGCAGUCCCGGCUUCGCCAUUCAGAAGAUCAGAGUAAAAGCAGGAGAGACUCAGAAAAAGGUGAUCUUCUGUUCUAGGGAGAAAGUGUCUCAUUUGCAGAAAGGAAAGGCACCUGCGGUAUUUGUGAAAUGCCAUGACAAGUCUCUGAAUAAGAAGUCAGGCUGAAACUGGGCAGAUCUACAGAACAAAGAACGGCAUGUGAAUUCUGUGAAGAAUGAAGUGAAGGAAGUAACUUUUACAAAACAUACCCAGUGUUUGGGGUGUUUCAAAAGUGGAUUUUCCUGAGUAUUAAUCCCAGCCCUACCCUUGUUAGUUAUUUUAGGAGACAGUCUCAAGCACUAAAAAGUGGCUAAUUCAAUUUGUGGGGUAUAGUGGCCAAAUAGCACAUCCUCCAACGUUAAAAGACAGUGGAUCAUGAAAAGUGCUGUUUUGUCCUUUGAGAAAGAAAUAAUUGUUUGGGCGCAGAGUAAAAUGAGGCUCCUUCAUGUGGCGUAUUAGGCCAUAGCCUAUAAUUGGUUAGAACCUCCUAUUUUAAUUGGAAUUCUGGAUCUUUCGGACUUAGGCCUUCUCAAAGUUUACUCUAAGUCUCCAAGAAUACAGAAAAUGCUUUUCCGCGGCAUGAAUCAGACUCAUCUACACAGCAGUAUGCAUGAUGUUUUAGAAUGAUUCCCUCUUGCUAUUGGAAUGUGGUCCAGAAGUCAACCAGGAACAUGUAACUUGGAGAGGGACGAAGAAAGGGUCUGAUAAACACAGAGGUUUUAAACAGUCCCUACCAUUGGCCUGCAUCAUGACAAAGUUACAAAUUCAAGGAGAUAUAAAAUCUAGAUCAAUUAAUUCUUAAUAGGCUUUAUCGUUUAUUGCUUAAUCCCUCUCUCCCCCUUCUUUUUUGUCUCAAGAUUAUAUUAUAAUAAUGUUCUCUGGGUAGGUGUUGAAAAUGAGCCUGUAAUCCUCAGCUGACACAUAAUUUGAAUGGUGCAGAAAAAAAAAAGAUACCGUAAUUUUAUUAUUAGAUUCUCCAAAUGAUUUUCAUCAAUUUAAAAUCAUUCAAUAUCUGACAGUUACUCUUCAGUUUUAGGCUUACCUCGGUCAUGCUUCAGUUGUACUUCCAGUGCGUCUCUUUUGUUCCUGGCUUUGACAUGAAAAGAUAGGUUUGAUUUCAAAUUUUGCAUUGUGUGAGCUUAUACAGAUUUUAGACAAGGACCGUUUUUACUAAGUAAAAGGGUGGAGAAGUUCCUGGGGUGGAUUCCUAAGCAGUGCUUGUAAACCAUCGCGUGCAAUGAGCCACAUGGAGUACCAUGAGGGUUGCUAUUUGUUGUUUUUAACAACUAAUCAAGAGUGAGUGAACAAUUAUUUAUAAACUAGAUCUCCUAUUUUUCAGAAUGCUCUUCUACGUAUAAAUAUGAAAUGAUAAAGAUGUCAAAUAUCUCAGAGGCUAUAGCUGGGAACCCGACUGUGAAAGUAUGUGAUAUCUGAACACAUACUAGAAAGCUCUGCAGUGUGUUGUCCUUCAGCAUAAUUCGGAAGGGAAAACAGUCGAUCAAGGGAUGUAUUGGAACAUGUCGGAGUAGAAAUUGUUCCUGAUGUGCCAGAACUUUGACCCUUUCUCUGAGAGAGAUGAUCGUGCCUAUAAAUAGUAGGACCAAUGUUGUGAUUAACAUCAUCAGGCUUGGAAUGAAUUCUCUCUAAAAAUAAAAUGAUGUAUGAUUUGUU